CGCUGGCGCACCAUGCUGCCAGUAGGACUGUGGCGCUCCAGCCGGGAGCUUGUCUUGCCCAAACCGCGAUGCAGUUUCAUUCUAAAUCCGUAUCAAAACAUAGUGAAACUAUAAGUAACUAUUUCAUUAUGUGAAUCAUUCAGUAGUUUAUAUAACAUACUGGCAUAACCAAUGUCAGUUUUCAGUAAUUACCGUCCCCUAAUGAACUCUUUUCCGGUGGCAUUUAGUGAGUGUGACAUUCAUUUACCUAGUUUGCAAAUUGGAUCGUAUACGUGGGCUUAAGCGGACUUUUUAUUUUUAAACCAACGGCAUCAAAUCGAUCGUACCUACUGACAUUCAUAAAACAGAAACGCGGCCAGCGGGAGACAGGAGCGCUGCAAACUAUUCACAAUGUAAAAUUCGUACAAGAUUACACCGGAAAAUAAUACGAUGAGUGUAGAAGACACAUCAGCAAGCACGGGUAUCAUUCGCGGCUGGGGUUGCACUCCGACCGGCGACCCUCCCCCCACCACAGAUGCGCAUGCGCCGGUCUCGUCCUGUGUACCCGCAGCCUUAAUCAGGGGCUGGAGGAGGACUGCUCUGUACGCCAUCAUAGUGUUCCUCAUGAUUCUAGUAUUCUUGAAUAUUGCACUCACGCUUUGGAUUAUAGGGACAUUGAAAUUAAGCACGAAAGGAAUUGGGCCUAUAAAAAUAAUUAACAAUGGCAUCCAGUUCGAAGGGCAGGCGUGGAUCGUGGACAAACUAGUGGCUUCCACGAUCAGUUCGCAGACCAGUCAGCCCCUCAACCUACACUCUCAUCGAAAUUUCACAGUAUUGGUAUCAGAUCCCAAAAGGAUGGAGUUCGCCAAACUUGUAAUAAGACGAGACAGUGUGGAGUGUAAUGGACGUAAUUUUGACGUACGUGAUGGACGCGGGGACAGCAUAUUCUUCGCCUCGAAGGACGAAGUUAGAGUCUUCGCAGAUGCCCUGACAAUGGACGGCGAGGGCGGCGUCUCCGUGCCUUCAGCUGUGCAGACCCCCAUGGUUCGAGCUCCAUUUGGCUCGGACCUACAAUUGGAGUCAUUAACAAGGCAGUUAUAUCUGAAGGCUCCCCAGUUAAUAAAAUUUGAUAGUAGAGCGGGGAGCAUAGACGUAACUUCACACAGCGACGUCAAAUUAAGUUCCGUUGUGGGAGCGAUCAAAAUUGAUGCUGCAAAUAUUGUAAUAAAUAAUUUGAAAAUAGGAUCGAUAAUACAAAAAGAAGAUAAACAACAAAAAGCCAUGUGGGCUAACAAAGUGUACCAACUGUGCGCCUGCGACUCUGGAAAACUCUUCCUUGCCGCGCCCGAUGCCGCGUGCGAGAGUCCUGAUGAAGAAUUAUGUCGAUGAUGAACCAUGUUUUAGUUUAUUUUAGCAACAUUUGAGCACUUAUAUGUAUUUAUUUUGUGUUAGAUAGAUCUUCUUUCGUAGGAAUUUGAGGACAGAAUUUAACCAAUUCAGAUCUCUGCGCGUACAAUUUUCAUCAUGCAAAUCUGCUCAGCACGUAACUUUAGGAUUUAGUAUAAUAAUUCUAUAAUGAUAAAGCGCAUUUUGCUCCGGUUAAAUCCUUAAAUAUUUAUUUAAUGAAUAAAGUUCGUAGCGACUUAAGUCAUAAAGCUACGCUUGCUAUGCUUUCUAUGCUUUCCAUGGCAUUCCUGCCAUAUAUAAGUGGAGAAUAUAAGUUAUUUAUGCUACGAUUUUUGUAGCAACUGGAUAUAGUGCUACGAGUUUGUGUAGUGUAUUAAGGUACGCAUUGACAAUAUAGGUACAAAAUGCUCACAGAUGGUUAGUAUCACUCCAAUAUUUAAUGAAAUAAGUACUUAUAAUAUCGGUUAAGUAUUGUGCCAAACUGAAAUUACCGAGGUAAGUAUGCAAUAUUUUACGGAAUUGCGUUUCAAUGUUUGUUAGAAAAUAUAUGAUCAAAAAUGUUGAUAAGAUAAUAAAUAGCAAUGCUCAUUAGUUCAAGUAUUUUGAAUCAAUAAAUAAACAUUUAGCUUUAAACACCGAAUGUAAAUACAUUUAUUUCAUCUAAAGUUAAUAAAAUGUAAGUACAUUCACGAGGGGGCAAUCCUAGUUUUAUUUGACAGAUCUCUGUUAGUUUUUGUUUGCGGUUUGACUUCGCAAUCAAUCUUGGUGGUUGCGCCGGCGACCGGCGACCCUGCCAGGCGAUGUCACCCUAAUUGAAACCGCUGCGAGUGUUUUGUUUUUGUUUUUUUUUUUUUCACUAGCUCGUUAACGAACGACACAGCUAACGUUUAAACUUAUAAAAACAGGUAUUCCCGUGGAGUAAAUGUUUUAAAUAUGUGAGCAUUGUUUCUAAAGUACUUAUAAACUACAAAGUAUGUGUGUCACACAUACAAAGUCGGCAGGGCCACGUGUGUAGCCCCUGCAGGGGUGGAUCCCAUGGAAGCAUUAUGAUGGUGUUAGCGUCCAUGGGAUGUGGUGACCACAUCCCAUCAAAUAGACCGCAUGCCUGUUUAUCAUAUAUAAAAAAAUAUCAAAUUUCUUCAAAAAACUAACUUUAUAACCAUACAAUAUGUUUGAAAUACAAUUGCUUAGAUUUUUA